AUGACACAGGGUUGGGAUCAAGCAGCUAUGGCCGGUGCUGCAAUUGAAGUUAUGAACAAUCUGGGCAAAACUACCGAUACAGGACUCUCCUCCGGUAUCGCGAAACGAGCGACGGAUCCCAAUGUGCACCUCGACGAGAAUACAUGGCUUCUCGGUGUCACCGUGGGAGUUCCAUUCUUCGCUGGUGCUGUGUUGGGCUUGAUAAUUACCGACCCUAUCACCAGGUUCUUAGGGUUUGGUCGACGAGGUGCAAUCUGCGUUGCAGGUAUCUUCAGUCUCAUCUCCGUUGUUGGUUCCGCGUCUGUUCACAAAUGGGAACAUCUCCUCGGAUUCAGAAUACUGCUCGGUGCAGGCAUGGCGGGCAAAGCCUCUAUCGUUCCUAUACUACUGUCCGAGACAUCUCCUAAGAAUGUGCGCGGUAUACUCCUUGUCUUCUGGCAGCUGUUUGUCGCUUUUGGAUUGGCUGCUGGAUCUGUUGCUAACUUGAGCGUGUAUCGCCUCGAUGUCGACUCAAGCUGGCGGUAUAUGUUCAUUGCAGCGUUCCUGCCGGCACUUCUUCUACUCUCGUUGAUUCUGUUCUCGCCCGAAUCACCACGCUGGCUUCUGAAAGAGAGUGGAGCAUUCAGAGGGCAACAUGGCGUCAUGACGCAGAGCCAAAAGCUUGUACGAAACGCUUACCUAUCGUUGGUCGAUCUGCGCGGCGAACCCAGCCCAAUACUAGCUGCUGGUGAGCUAUACUUAAUGCACACGCGUCUCAUUGAUGAGCAACAUCGACUCAAGGACGAGCUAGCGAAGACGGGUCCAACAGCACUCCCAGACGCAGGACCCAGGUCUGAAAGCAGACUUGUAGACGAGAUAGAACACAUUGGAUGGUGGCCAAGAGUCAAACUCAUGUUUCUCUACCCCGGCUUCACACGAAGAGCCCAUCUAGCUGCAGCUGCCGUCAUGAUAUCGCAACAGCUGUGUGGUAUCAACUUGCUGGCCUUCCUAGCUGACAGAUUCUUCCGAGAUUCCAUUAUUCAUCACACGGAAAAGACUACGCCAGCUGAGAACAUGCAACUGCUAGGCAUUUCUUUCGCCUUCAUGUUUCUCAACUUCUCAGCGACCAUGAUUGCACUAUUCCAGAUCGACAAACCCAACGGAAGGCGCACGCUCCUGAAUUGGUCUUUCCCUGGUAUGGCAGUGUCUCUGUUAGGAUCUGCCUUGGUACUCACGAAGCCGGGUGAGCGCACUGCUGGCGUGAUUGCGGGUCACUUCAUCUUCCUUACUUUCUUCAUGAUUGCAUAUUCAGCCGGGGAGGGUCCCGCAGCUUUUGUCAUAUCAGCAGAAGUUUUCCCGCUUGUGAAUAGGGAGCUUGGGAUGAGCCUUGCUGUGUUCUGGAACUUCAUGGGCGCGGGUAUCCUGGCUGUGAUUGCACCGUGGCUCUUGAGGGAGCUCGGUCAAAAGGGUGUGCUCUUUCUUUUCUCUGGUACCAAUCUGCUGGCAUGGUUCCUCUGCUCCUGGCUCAUUCCGGAUACCGGCAUCGAAGCUCUGGAAGACGUUUUUGACCGACUUGACAUCACCACAUUGUUUAUGUUGAAGUACACAGUAUUGAAAAUUCUGCGGAGGGUUACGAAGCCUUUACAUUGGUGUCUCAACUUCAAAACCACAACAUGGUCGAAUGCUGGUUUUUGGCAGAAGCCUGGAUCGCCCAGGGAUGAGUUUGACGAAUCGAAGUUUGGCGCUCAACAUUUUGACGAAGAGACUGCGUCGCAACCCGAGCGACACGAGAUGCUUGAGUGGACUGCAGCAAAUGCCGGUCGGCCGGAGGGAAUUUUUCCUCGAAAUGAACGAAGGCAAUCGGUCUGA